CCCCACCCAUAAAAAAGUCCAGCUCCUCACCUUGUUACCGAACUGCCCAGGUAGGUCUGUCAGAGGAGACCUGGGCCCCUGGACUGAGAGACCAGGACCUGGAUGGAGUCCAUUCUCCCCAAAGCUCCAAGUGGAGCAGCCGCUGCAGGUGUUGAGCAGCCGGCGGCUGUCCCCCUGCCCUGUGGUUUGCCGCCCCUCGCCGAGGAGGCAGAGCCUGCAGGUCUGGAAGAGAAGAUUCAACCUAAACACCCGUCAGGAGCAAGAGAUGGACAGGAUCUGUUCUCAUUCGACAGCUCUGUGUCCUCCGACGAGGAUGAGGGUAUUGGCAAGAAAGAUAAAAAGAAGAAGAAGCUAAAGAAGAAGAAGAAGAAAGCUUCCAGCUCCUCCUCAUCUUCUUCAUCCUCCUCCUCCUCCUCCUCAUCUUCUUCCUCUUCCUCUUCUUCGAGUAGCUCCUCAGACAGUGACAGUGACAGUGAGGAUGACAAGAAGAAGAAGAAAAAGGACAAGAAGAAGAAAAAGGAUGAGAAGAAAGAGUAUGUCUGGGACAGUGUUAUCAUAUCUCAGUCUGGUCCUGAUGACCAGACGGAGUUGGUGUGUGGAGAGGGUCUGAAGAACAGCCUGGAUUUGGACUCAUCAGAUGAUACGGAUGACAAGAAGAAAGACAAAAAGAAGAAGAAGAAGAAGAAGGACAAGAAAAAGAAAGACAAGAAGAAUAAGGAUAAGAAGAAGAAGAAGAAAAAGAAGGAAUCAUCAUCCUCCUCUUCAUCUGACAGUUCAUCAUCUGACAGUGAAGAUGAGAAGAAGAAGAAAAAGAAAAAGAAGAAGGACUCUUCAUCAGAUAGCUCCUCCUGUUCAUCAUCUUCUUCUGACAGCGAAGACAACAAGAAGAAAAAGAAAAAGGACAAGAAGAAGAAGAAGAAGAAGAAAGAUAAGAAAAAGGAUUCAAGCUCCUCAUGUUCAUCCUCAUCCUCAUCAUCUGACAGUGAUGGAGAUAAGAAAAAGAAGAAGAAGAAAAAGGACAAGAAAAAGAAGAAGAAGAAGGAUAAGAAGGAUGAAGAGCAGAAUGAGCUCAGCAGUGUGGUCGCUCUCUCAGCAGCUGAAAAUGAGACUGCAGGACCAAGUACUGAAGGAGAUAAAAAGACAGAUGGAGAUGCUGAGAAGGCAAAAGACAAAGAGCUUAAAGCAGCAGGCAAAGACAAGCUGUGCGCUGCAUCAGCUGCAGGGGGGACAGAGGCAUUCCAUGACGCUAUUGAGGAAGGCCACCUGAGUGAUGAUGAGGGAGAGGGCGACAAGGAUAACGAGAAGAAGAAGAAGAAGAAGCUGAAGAAGAAGAAGGAGAAGGAGUCUGGUUCAUGUUCAGACAGUGACGAUGAUAAUGAGGAUAAGAAGAAGAAAAAGAAGAAGAAGAAGAAGGAAAAGGACUCUUCCAGCUCCUCUUCAGAUAGUGAAGAUGAUAAGAAGAAAAAGAAGAAGAAGAAGAAGAAGGAGAAGGAUUCCAGCUCUUCCUCUUCCUCUGAGAGCGAGGAUGAAAAGAAGAAGAAAAAGAAGAAGAAGAACAAGGAGAAGAAGAAGGACAAGGAAUCGUCUGAUAGCGAAGAUGAAAAGAAGAAGAAGAAAAAGAAGAAGAAGACAAAGAAGAAGAAGGAUAAGGAUUCCAGCUCUUCCUCUUCCUCCUCGUCCUCUGAUAGUGAAGAUGAAAAGAAGAAGAAGAAAAAGAAGAAGAAGAAGAAGCCAAAGAAAAAGAAGGAUAAGGAUUCCAGCUCUUCCUCUUCCUGCUCUUCCUCUGAUAGCGAAGAUGAAAAGAAGGAGAAGAAGAAGAAAAAGAAGAAGAAGAAGAAGCCAAAGAAAAAGAAGGAUAAGGAUUCCAGCUCUUCCUCUUCCUGCUCUUCCUCUGAUAGCGAAGAUGAAAAGAAGGAGAAGAAGAAGAAAAAGAAGAAGAAGCCAAAGAAAAAGAAGGAUAAGGAUUCCAGCUCUUCCUCUUCCUGCUCUUCCUCUGAUAGCGAAGAUGAAAAGAAGGAGAAAAAGAAGAAAAAGAAGAAGACAAAGAAGAAGAAGGAUAAGGUUUCUGUCUUCACAACCUUUGAUUCCUGCUCCUCCUCUUCCUCUGAUAGCGAAGAUGAAAAGAAGAAGAAGAAGAAGAAGAAGAAGAAGAAGAAGCCAAAGAAGACGAAGAAGGAUAAGGAUUCCAGCCCUUCCUCUUCCUCUGACAGUGAAGAUGACAAGAAGAAGAAGAAAAAGAAGAAGAAGUCCAGCUCUUCUGAUGACAGCUCCUGUCCCUCCUCAUCCUCCUCUUCCUCUGAUAGUGAUGAUGACAAGAAAAAGAAAGAUAAGAAAAAGAAGAAGAAGAAGGACAAGAAGAAGAAAAAGAAGGAUUCUUCCGACUCCUCUAGCGAUGACGAUACGAAGAAAAAGACUAAGAAGAAAAAGGAUAAGAAGAAAAAGAAAAAAAAAGACAAGAAAAAGGACUCAGAGUCUUCUAGUAGUGAUGAUGACAUGAAGAAAAAGAAGAAGAAAAAGGACAAGAAGAAGAAAAAGAAGAAGGACACGAAGAAGGACUCCAGCCCCAGUUCAUCUGAUAGUUCCUGUGACAGCGACAAGGAAAACAAGGAGGACAAGAAGGACAAGAAAAAGAAGAAGAAAAAGAGUUCGGGUUCUUCAGGAAGUGAAACUGAUAAGAAGAAGAAGACUGACAAUCCUAAUGGCGAGCAAAGCAGUGACCCAAAAGUGGAAGAUUCAGCUUCAGGUUGUGGUGAAUUUUCUGCCCCCAGUGGCAGCAGCGGCAGCAGCUCAAAGCCCGGUGUCUCUCCAGGUGUCGUCUCCUAUGUGUCACUCCCCUCCAAACCUGUCUUAAAACUGGAUCCUUCCAGAGUCUCAGCCUUCUUAGCUGUCCCAGCUGUUCCUGCUGUCCCUGCUGUCCCAGAUGUCCCAGCUGUCCCUGCUGUCCCUGCUGUCCCAGCUGUCCCUGCUGUCCCUGCUACCUCAGUGAAUAUCGGAGAACGGGUCUACAUUCGCAGACCUCCCAGCCCCAUGGAGUCCCUGAUGGGGAGCCCGCGGCGGUACGGAGAAGCAGGGACACGUCCCACAACCCACCUCACCUCAAGUGAUCUGCUGAGAGGCGCCAAGCCUUACAAAUAAAUACGUUACUUGUUUCAAAAAGCGUGUUACAGGACACUUGAAACAGU